AUGAAGAUGGCUAAGGCGUGCGGUGCUACCCGCCUAAAAAUAUUCGGCGACUCCCAGUUAGUGGCUCAACAAGUGAUGAACAAGUGCGACACAGUCAACGACAGUAUGAUAGCAUACAAGGAGGUGUACAAUGAAAUCGAGAAACUCUUUGAUGGCUGCGAAGUUAACCAUAUCAGCAGGCUCAGCAACGAUGAAGCUGACGUUUUAGCAAACAUCGGCUCACAAUGUCUUCCAAUACCACCUGGAGUCUUUUGGGAGGAAAUAAGCGAGAGGUCAACCAAGGUGAAGAAGGUACCAAAGCAGUCGAAGAAAAAGGAGAAGUCCAAGAAAGACUCGGGGGCUCCAGCAGCCCCGGAGGCACAUACAUCAGAUGAUGAGGAGGAACCAGACGAGGUCAUGAUGAUCCAAGUCCCCUGGAUGCAAGUAUACCUGGCGUACAUCACAAAGAAAGAGAUACCCGACGAUCCGGUCGAAGCAAGGCGAGUUAUUCGACGAUCCAAGGCCUUCACCGUGGUAAAGGGAGAAUUAUACAAUCGAAGCAUCUCAGGAGUACUGCAAAGAUUGAAGGACAAGAAGACAGGGAAGGACGAACCAAACCCAUGGAACGUGGCGCAGCUCCAGCGUUUCUACGCUUAG